CCACACCUGGGAUCCUUUGAUAACCGGAACUGUUCAAGCUUAUUUUGAGAAAAUCUGUCAAAAGCGGAUCAAAGACAUGGUUAGCAAUGUGAGGACUAGUCGAGUUCAACCAAACUGGAUUGGAGACACUCUCUGGAGCACGAUGGAGGAUUACUGGGACACUGAAGAAGCACAACAAAAGAGUAAAACCUACUCUGAUGCCCGUAUGUCUGACCGUAACGGCCUAGGUCCUCAUGUCCACCUCUCAGGGCCAAAGUCUUAUCGACAGCUUCAAGACGAAAUGGUUGAGGAAUUGGGAAGAGAAGUCCGACUUGGUGAGGUUUUCAUCAAGGCACAUACAAAGCCUGAUGGUACAUAUGUUGAUCGGAAGGCAGAAAAGAUUGCAGGGACAUAUGAGAAGACUGUUCAAGAGAGGUUGUCUCAGCUCGAGGCAGAGUCUUUUGCUGUGUCAGAUGGAGAAUCACGGCCACGGGACCUCACAACAGAAGAAUAUACAGAAAUUUUCCUGGAGUCCACUGAGAAGGAUUCAAGAGGAACACCUUAUGGAGUUGGAAGCCUCAAGGACUGCCUUGUCGAUGGAACGCAUAAGCAAGCAUGUGGCUCAACUACCUUUGUGGCUCUCGAAGAACAGUUGAAGAAAGCUCAACGCAUGAUAGAAGAACAGGCUGCUCAACUGGAGCGGCUUGCUGCGCAUGAUGAAGAACAGGCUGCUCAACUGCAGCGGCGUGAUGCAGAACUUGCUGCGCAAUCCAAAGUUAUUGCUGCCCAGAACGGCAAGAUUGACCAAUUCUCCAUCGUGGAAGAUUUUCUGAGGGAAUGUGAUCCGCGGUUUCAGAAGUUUGUUGCAAGCCAUUCAGCUAAAGAGACAACUCCAACUCCAUCAACAUCUGCUUAAGAACCUUAAGGUAUUGUGUUAUAA